AUGACAGAUUUGUGCAAGCAAACUCGCUUGGCCUUCCACUCCGCAAGCCCCACUGCAAGGACUUUUGGGAAUAGUCAUGUUGCUGCCAUUGUUCCAAGCGAAUCCAGCUCAAAGUGUGCUGCCACCAGUAAGAAUUUCGCUUCGUCCUCUGAGGGCUAUCCGCUUCUCACGGAGAUUUUUUUCCUUGCCCAGACAGCACUGCACAUCGGCUGGGGUGGCCUGUAUAGCCUUCACAUGGACACAAAUCGUCAUUUGCACCAACUGGAAACGCAGUGGCGAGCCUGGCAAGAGGAAAGAGGCCUACUGGUCGCAAAUAGCCAAUCCGAACCAAAAGGUCCGAAAUUUUAG